AUGGCGACGGAUUCUUGUACGGACAUUCCCUUUGCCGCGAAGAUUCGGAGCAUAGUAUCGACAUCAGUGUCGGCCGAAGGAAGUGAGGCAUCAACGAGGGUGAGAUUUGGAGGGUUUGGAGAAUCCCUACGGCCUAAGCGGACAUUAAUUGUGGGCCCUCCGGAUAAAGCAACAGCUUCUUGUGCGGCCAAUACUAUGAUGUCCGAACACGACACCUUUCGCGGGCAAACAGCCUCCACCGUUGAUUUCAUGACCUCUAUCAAUUCUUUCUUUCGGAUUCCAAAAUUCUUGGAAGACGAAGUUUCAGAGAAUUUGACCUUGCGUUCGUCGGGAUCGAGAAGGAUGGAGCCAUCACAACCCUACCUGAACUUGGCAGUCAUGAAACAUGAGCCUGAGAAGGGCUGCAGGGGUGGUGGGAUCGAGCACAGAGGCCGACUCAACCUCGGCUCGGACAAUAUGCUCCAGCUGAGGGCAGGAUUGGUGGUAGAAAUCGUAAGACAAGCUGACACUUUCAGCUCGAAAAAUCAACAACAGCAGGAAAAUAACUGCACAGAUCUUGGGUUCCAUAUUCUUCUCUCCUGUUGA